AUGAAUUUAAAUAAAAUGAGGGCAAAUAGGGCAAGAUUCUCGCUUAAUGAUUUUGAAAUUCAGUCUACCUUAGGAACUGGUACAUUUGGAAGAGUUAGGCUGGUCAAACUUAAAGGCAACAAUAACCUGCCUCCGUUCGCUUUAAAAAUAUUGAAGAAAACUGUUGUCAUAAAACUUAAACAAUUAGAGCACAUAAAAUCUGAAAAAGCCAUCCUUGAGCAAAUCAAGCACCCAUUUAUUAUCACUCUACUAGCAACCUUUCAGGAUACUGCUUUUAUUUAUAUGCUUUUAGAGUACAUAUGUGGAGGCGAACUCUUUUCAAGACUCCGACGAGAAGGAAGAUUCGCCAAUGAUGUCGCAUUAUUCUAUACAUCUGAAAUUGUUUUAGCAUUCGAAUAUCUUCAUAAAUUAAACAUCGCCUAUCGUGACUUGAAGCCAGAGAACAUUUUAAUAGACAGACAAGGACAUGUAAAAAUUACAGACUUUGGCUUCGCCAAAGUGAUGACUGAAAAAACCUACACUCUAUGUGGAACCCCUGAAUAUCUCGCCCCAGAGAUUAUCCAGAGCAUUGGCCAUGAUAAAGCUGUCGACUGAUGGGCUCUAGGAAUUUUAAUAUAUGAAAUGAUAGCAGGCUUUCCUCCAUUUUACGAUGAAAAUCCUAUAGGAAUCUACCAAAAAAUCCUAUCAGGAAGAAUUGAAUUUUCCAAGGUUUUUGGAAGAAGAGUAAAAGAUUUGAUUAAAAAAUUGCUCCAGGCAAAUCCAACGAAAAGAUAUGGAUGUGGAGAAAAAGGGAUUGACGCAGUAAAAAGGCAUAAGUGGUUUAGAGGGGUUGACUGGGGAAUGAUUUUAAGAAAAGAAAUUCCGCCUCCAUGAACCCCAGAAAUUAGCGCUCAAGAUGAUACCCAUUUCUUUGACAGCUAUCCUGAUUCGACUGCGAUGACUCAGCCACCUCCGCCAGAUUUAAAUGCAUUGUUUAGGGAUUUUUAA